GCCAGCUCUCUUAAGGUUCAGCCACUGAUAAAGUCUCGUGCAGUAUGCAAGUUAGUGCAUUUGCCAACUUGUGGAUGCUCUGGCUCACAGCGGCAGCGGAGGCAUAAACUUGAAAUCCCAGCUGGAAAACAUUACAGGCAUUCUGUUCAACCAGCUGAGUGAAGAAGUCAACAACUCAGAUCCUCACUCUGUCAAGAACCACAGCCUCGCCCUGAAGGCUUUCCACAUCCUGAUUGUCCAGCCCAUGGCAUCAGUGGUUUGCCGUGGUUUGCAUAACUUAACUCCUGCUUACUACCUGCCAGUGCCCCAGACAGAGAAACUGCAGAGAGAGGUGAUGCAUUCAGUCAUUAUUGUGAUUCAGGACGAUCUCAAACAAAAUGAAGAGGACACCCAAAUAAUGUGUCGCAAAAUCCUACAGAUGGUAUCCUUGCCCAAAUUGAUCACCUUGGUGUGUGAGCCCAGCAACGUCUUGGCCUUUUUGCCCCUGAGUAAGACGGCUACAGAGAUGGCUAUGAAAGCCCGGAACCUGGGCCAGUUUCCCUACCUCAGCAGCUUCCACCUCAGGCCCACCCAGUUCAUCUCCCCACAGAAACUCCUGACCCAUCUUCUGGUAUUUUCCCGGAAGCCCUACAGAGAAAAGGAGUUUGGUGCAAGCUCCCUAAGGCUACUACAUGCCCUGCAUCCUAUCACCUCCCUGCACCCCGUUAUCUACUCUAAUGUGGGCCAGCUGUGGAUGAAGGCAAUCCCCCAGAUGUUGCAGAUACUUGAUGAUAACACUGAGAAGAACCUGAACCAGAAGGAGUGGGAGGACAGGCUGCUCCAGUUUUUGAGUCAGUCAUUAGUGGCCAUCGAUGAUGACAGCUGGCUGGAGCCCCUCGUCAGAGUCGUCUUGGAGAGGAUACGUUAUUUCAGCAAUGAUGAGGAAGAGAAGGGUUUCCUAUAUAAAUUCUUCGGCUUCACCCUUCGAACCUCAAGGAAUAUGAAACUGGUGAAGAUAAUGACCUCCUGUAUCCUACAAACUGCCCACGAAGAGCUGCAGGACAGGGAGCUUCUGGACACAUGGCUUAACUCCCAGAAGGACAAUGAGCGGGAACGGGCCAUGUGGUGUGCUGCACGUAUUCUUGGCUUCAUUGCAAAAAUGAACAACUUCAAAACAGAUAUUGAGUUCACCCGCCUGGGGCGCUUGGUGAGGCUGCUGGCCAUACGCUGCCGGGACCCAGUGGACAACAUCUGCUUCCUGUCUUCCCAGGCUGUCUACAACCUCUACUGUAUCCUCCUGCAGCAAAAACAGAUGGGAAGGAAGAAGCAGGGCUUGUGGGAGGAAGAGAAGCAUGAAAUCUACAGUGCCAACGUGUUCUAUAACAACACCUUUGAGAUUGCCAAGGAGAGGGACCAAGUGAGGAUCUCAGCCACAUCUGCCCUAGGCCACAUGCUGUAUCGAGUUGACAAGUUCAAGCCGGGACCCAUCCUCCGCAGAGAGAUCUACACUCUUUUAGUCCCGCUGUUGCUUAGCUUUCAGGACAACAACACUGAGGUGGUCAAGGCCUGUGGAGGGGCCCUGACUGAGUGGACUAAUGUGAUUGGCUGGUCGUCACUCACACAGACAUUCCGGCACACCACCCUCAGUGAUCACAUCCAGGUGUUGAAAGAAACAUGCAAUUACCUGGUAAGCACAUGUGAAAAACAGCUCCUUGGGGAGUUCCUGUCCCAGAGCUUUGGCUUCCUGAAGAGCCCUCAGACCUUCCUAAGGGAAGCUGCAGUCAAUUUCAUAGGAUUAAUAGUUAAGAAAAUAAACAUGAAUCAUAUACAAGAGGAUGACAUCCAGCUGUUACAGAAUG